AUGAAUCUCCAAACUGUGUUCAGCUAUUCACUUGAUAGCCGCUUGGAGGCAAAAUGUGUGGUGAUGGGUACGUUGAGUCCCCAGGCACAGCCAACACUCAUCGCCGUCACCACCGCAAACAAGAUCCUCUUGAAAAAUGAUGAAAGUAAGCUGAACUUUGGCGAAAAAAUCCGAACAAUAGCCGUGGCUCCAUUUGGGAAUGGUUAUGAUGUAUUAGUGAUAGGUACCGAAUCACAGGUAAUCUGCUAUGAUGCUCACUUGAACACAACCGUUUUUCAACGAGACAUCCCUGAUGGGAUCAAUAACAUCGUGGUUGGCUCAAUGGGUGGAUUUGAAGAGGUGGUAGUUUGUGGGGGUUAUUGUGCAAUUUGGGGAUUUGAUCGAGCUGGAAGGGAUGUCUUUUGGACGGUCACUGGUGAUUCGGUGACUGCCAUGUGUUUGGUUGAUUAUGAUUCGGAUGGGCAAAUGGAGUUGGUCGUCGGUUCGGCUGAUUACGAAAUUCGAAUUUUCAAAAACGAUCUCAUGCGGUGUGAGUUAAUGGAAACAGAUGCUAUUGUUGCACUUUCAGCACUUGGAGGACAACGUUUCGCAUAUGGCCUUGCAAAUGGUACUCUGGGUGUUUAUGAUGGAGAAGCAAGAGUGUGGAGAAUCAAAUCAAAACAUAUCGUCAUCACUGUCCUUCCAUUUCCCACUCCGGAACAUAUUACUUGUGUAUGGGAUAGUGGAAAGAUUGAUAUUCGAGCCGGAAACUCGGGAGAAGUGAUCAGUAAAGAAUUUGUGAAUGGAGCCGUAUCGGGGGCCGUUCUCUGUAGUCCAUCUCAAGCUGAUCAACCCACUCAACUCACUAUUGCACUACUUGAUGGAAAAGUCCGAACAUUUGAAGUGGGUGAUCGACGAGAUCCCCAAGAAGAAGCACAUCAACUUCUACGAGAGUAUGGACAGCAGAAGCAUAACCUUUUAAUGGAGUUAAGCAAUUACGAGCACGAGGAGAACAUGUCGAAAGAGGAAAAAGAAGGCGAAAAUCGAAUUCCAGCAGACACCCAACUCGAGACAAUACCACGAGUGAAUCGAGUGACUGGAAAAGUGGAAAUGGUAUUGAAUGCAUCAAAUGAAGUACCCAUUCAAGGAGUGGUCAUGUUCGCUGAAGGGCUUUUUCCUGGAGAAAGCCAUGUCACUUUUCCAAAAACUGAACCCGUCGACACGAUAACAGUUGCUUUGGCCCCACAAAAAGACACGGCCCUUGAUGUUCACAUUAAAGCUUUUAUGGCAAAUAAUGGAAGCAAUUUACUUCACAUCUUCGAGGUGACUCGAUCAUUGCCCCGUUUCUCCAGAUUUGCUAUUCUCCUACCAGAAGAAAAUAUUCCCGAACAAGAAGGAUUCGUCGAAUUUAAGCUCAAUCAACGAAUGCAAAAGAUGGUCGAUUGGGUUUACGACAAUUUUAUUGUUCCCGAUGAUUAUCCACCAUUGGAUAACGAGGCUGAACAAUUGGAUGUCAAAUUUUCUGGACUUUAUCCAAAAUUGGGAACAUCGUUGCGAAUUAAAUAUGAUGUCAGUCAACAACAAGUGCGAGUGGAACAUUCGGAGAUGGAAACAGCUGGAGCCGUCGUUCAAUCAAUAGCCGAACAUUUUCAGGUCACCACUAUCGAAUCGCAUGCCCGUUUUCCAAAAGAGUUUGAUGAGUUGGCUUUGAUUCUCAACGAGAUGGACGGAGUGUACAAUGCUAAAGAGCGUUUGAACGCGGAAUUGAGCGAGUCACAAAAUCUCCUCAAAGAGACACUUGUUCGUGCAGAAGAUGCACUACAUUGUGAUCAUGUGUCAAUUGCUCGCCGAUACUACACUCGCGUGAAACACAAUGAUCGGGCGAUGCGACAGGCUGCUCAGCUCCGAGUCACCAACCAAGCUCGACUCGUUACUGCUAUUCGGCGACUUAACAAACUCGUCGAGUUGGCUGCUAGAUUGCGAGUUGGUGAACCGGCACGACAAGUUGUGACUCAAUGCCGUGAGGCACUCAGCAAUGAGAAUGAGACCAUUCUGGCAAAACUCUUCGAAUUUGGAGCA